AUGGGAUUUUUGAGUGGAGUGCUUGGUGCGGUGAAAAACACUCAGACAUACAAUGUCGGUAAAAAUACAUUACAAAACUUGGUAAGUAAUGAAAUUAACAAUCAUCUUUGCUCAGGGCACGAGGGCUUUAAAAGGCUUUUCGAAAAGUUGCCCAAGGAAAUCGAGAAGUAUAACAGGGAAGUGCAGGAGUCUAACAAAAGAGUCAGAAAUGUUAUUACUACAAUGAACAAGAGAAUGGAAACACGCAAAAAUAAGGUAAGUCAAAUUUUAACACAUAAUGCUGCUGCAGAUACAUUUGAAAAUGUGAAGUCGGCAGAAACGUCCGUCAUCAGCGAGUUGGCGGAGGUCAUACAUUACGUUGAGAUAUUUUUAACAGACAUGAAUAGCGCAGAUAAAAACAUAUUAGACCUUAACAGUAACUGUAAAACUAAUGUUAAUAGCGCAAAAGAUAAUAUUUUUUAUGAGAGCACGAGGCUGCAUAGACUGUCAGAUAAAGCGUCCAACGACUUGAAGGACAUGAAUAAGAAAAUAACGGACGUCUUGACGAUACUUCAGAUGACCGUAAAUGAAGAAAUCAGCAAGCGAGUAACUGAACUCGUCAGUACGUUGAAAGGAUUGGUUGGUGAGAUCAAGCGGAAGCUGGAAUUGAUUAAUGUAUUGCUAAAAAAGUAUAUCAACACUAUAACGCGUUGGAUGCUCAGAACUGAGACGCAUAUUCAAUCAUUGAGGAAGCAACACGUGGAGAAAGUCAUCCAACUUGCUGACGGAGGUGAUGGGAGUUGGAGGAAGGAAAUUACGAUUCGGGCGGAAGAAUUAAAAAAUGCAAAGAAAAAGCUUGAAGAUUAUAUUGACAACGAUAUCAAGCCCACGCUCACUAGGUUGGUUACUGAAGCGCUUGGGAAGGUGAAAGACAUGGAUGCGGCGCUUAAAGGGGAUUUGAAGAGGGUGAAGGAUGCUGUUCAGGGGAAGGUGGAGGAGAUUAAGACGGCGAUUGAAGUUUUGGGCAGGAAGUUUACGGAUGUUGACGGCGUCGCAGCGCCAACAAAUGCUUAUGAAAUAAUGAAACAUUUUCAAUUAAACGUUACUACAAUUAAAGAUAACGUUGGACAUGACAACACCCCAGGCAAAAGUAAUGCAGGAAGUAUUGAUUUCAAUUGGGAUAGUCUUAAACGACAGCUUAAUUGGGAUGUUGAAGGUCUGACAGGGAAUAGCGGAAAACUCAAAAAAAUAGUCGACGGUAUUAAGAAGUACGCGGAAGGGUUUGAGAAUGGUAAGUUCAUUACCGUGCUGACGGAGUGGGUGAAGGAGAUUGUAGAAGAGGAUGAGGGCGUCAUAAGUAGUAAAAUAACGAACUAUUCACUGCUAAUCAAAGGUAACGGUGUUUUGAAUGCUACUAAGAAUAAUGUCAGAGCAGCGAUUAAAGCAAAGCUACCAGAGCGCAUAAACACAGGGAUUAAAGCCGCUGCUGUAGCAGUUCAACUUAGAAAUGCAACUGUACAUAACAUCGGCGAUCUAUUUCAGAAAUUUGUAACGCAAGUUGGAAGUGAACUUAUUGGGGAUGCAGGUAUCUCAAUUCUCGGCACGGCGGCCCAGGAGAUUGAGAAAUCAUCAGAGUUGGGAUUGGCGGGAGUGCAAUCUAGACACAGACCUAACCUCACAGAUGCUGUUGCAAGCAUUGCGAGGUCUAUAGUAAACAACUUCAAGCGAAUCGCUGCGGAGGUAAAGCGGUUUGCCACGGACACCCAAAUACAAAACUUGUCUACGGCUAUCGAGCAAAUAGAAGACAUAGGUACGCAAUUUGAUGAGGAAGAUGACACUAAAGAUGACCAUGAUAUUGAUCACGGCGCUAAAAUAAAUAAGGCUCUAAAAGCAGUGAAACCAGUGAUUAAAACUCUCCACGAUAGUCUUGAUCAAGCACUCCAAGUCACUUCUGCUUCUGGCGGCCUAACUAACGAUAGCAACGCCGCCGCCGUCGACACCGCGAUAAGGGGGGUGACUGAAGAGCUAAAAAAACAUUUUCCCGCAGAUAGUGAUAGCAAAGUUACGCUUGAUAAGGACGCCACGUUUGUCGAAUACAAUGGCUUCGUCAACCAAGCACCAGAGAAACUGUCCUCCCUUUCCAACCCCGACUUCGACACCAUCAAAGCAGCAGGCACCCUCCCCGCGGCGAUCGGCGACAUAGGAAGCACAGCUCUAAACAUCACCGUAAAAAACACCACAGAUGUCUUGGAAACAUUUUCGAAAGAGAUGACGGACAACCUAACAAAAUUAAUGACUAAGAUUUACGAAACCAGUAAAGACAUGAAUGAGUACUUAAACGCUCUGAAAGACGGAAGCGUCGGUAAAGAAUUAAAAGGCAUAAGGGACAAACUCUCGGAUUUACAAAGUGAUAAAUUGGUGAAUGCGAUAGAGUCCGCCGAUUCACUUAUUAAGUAUGCCGACGACGAAAAAAACAGACUUAUUAACAACCUUCAACAUUAUGUAACUUGCCAGGUAGAUAUAGCUAAAAAUUCCCUCACCACCGCCGCCCGCCGCAACUACGUCACCUCCGUCAAGCAGCUCCUCACCGCGUUCGCGGACAAGGUCGGCCAGGAGUUGGCGCCGUUGCCGGGGGAGAUUGAGAGGGAUCUGCGGAUCGGGUUCAAGGGGUUGAUGAGAGUUAUGGGAGGGGUUAGUAGCGUAAAUGGUGAGCCUGUUGCGGCUUCUGGAGGUAUUAAUACGGGUGCAAAGAGUUUGCUUGAAAAAAUUAAUGAAGUUGUCCAACCGGCUAAACCAAGUGCGUCCAUGAAGGACACCUUCACGAAAUUGUCAGAAGCAUUCAAUACCUAUUUUAAUCCAAUACACACGUACGUUAAUGCACAAAUUAAUUCCGAAAAUGCGUCAGACCCCCAGGCCCUUCGAGACAUUACUGCCGACAACGUCCAACUGCUUGGUACCGUCAACUCUAAUUUCAACAAUUUACUCGAACACCUCAAAAAAGACAUUAAUCCACCCAGAACAUAUAUAUUUGACCAUACUUACACUAAUCUCCUCUCAACCCUCUCCACCUCCCUCCACCUCCUAUCCCCCUCCCUCUUCGCCAACCCCCGGCACCCGGAGCUGCUCGAUGCGGUCAGAGCGGGGCUGCAGGGGUUUGUCGAGGAGAUGGGGAGGGUGUAUGUGAACGGGUAUGAUGGGCAUAAGGAGAAGGUGGAUAUGAAUGAAUUAUUGGAUAAUAAAGACAAAUUGACCGAUAACGGCAGAAAUUUGUCGAAGGCGUGUAUGACCAUAAUUAUGAUCCUCAACAAUGACUUUUUGAAUUUGCUAGAGCGGUGUAGUGCUGCGAAAUUUCAAACAAUAUACGCAUCGUCGGGGAAAAAUAAUAACGUUUUAGGCGAUUUUCUGAGUAGCUGUGGCUACAAGGUCUCCAAGUCGUACAAUACCCAGGAGGGGGAGCUUAAAAAUAAAUCCGAUCGCGCAGGUCAGGCUGUGUAUAUGAGCAUCAUGACGAAGAAAAUUGAUAACGCCGAAAAGGUUGGCUCACUUAAAAAGUGGAAAGAAGAGAAGAACGCGCAAUAUUUAGUUACUGCUAAUUAUAACCGUAAAGUUGAAGAAAUAACCGUCUUCGACAUUGUCGAUUUCCUUUACGAUAGCCUCAAUCUUUACAACGACGUAUGUCAUUUGUCCGCAUUAACUUCGACGAAAAAGCCAUGCAGCGUAUACGAAAUGCUUCUAUGGCUCUCCGGUCUCCCGCAUCAUCACGCAUAUUAUGCUAUGAGAGAUGUCGCUAUCUUAGAAGUUAUAGAAACGAUAAAUAAAGUGGACAAUAAAAAAGAAGGAAAGCAGGACGGAGCAACUGACGAAGACACCAUCACAGUCACAGAGUUGAAGACGGACUCCGUAUUCUUGGAAGCGUACCCAAGAAAGGUAACGUAUGAGUCUAUGCGAACUGUUGUAACGCACAUCUGCUCGGAAGCCUAUGACUUACUGAUCAACAUCGCCGGUCACGGUGACGAAUUCACAACAUACGCUAGUGACUUCUCCAACAACGCUAUGAAAUUUCAUUAUCCUGCUUCGAGAGAAGACUGUCUCGAUAUGCUCCUAGACAUACUGCGACGUGUACUGCCAACAUUACAAUUCCUGCUGAACCAGUGUAAGCUAAGCACUAAGCACGGUGGUUGGAAAGCUUGCAAGUACGGCAAGGAUAUGCCAUCGGCCAAGUUGCCAUGUAAACAGCAUCCAACAGACGAAGCAACGGGCCAACCAGCGCGCCAAGCAACGAGUCAACCAAACACGCAACCAAAGUGCCAACCAACGUGCGAACCAAAUUGCCAACCAACUUCGCCUUUAAUGUCCUACUUAAACGAUUGUCUCCCAGGCCACUUACCACACCAACUUACUAAAAUAGGUUGCAAGUACGAGUGUUCCACAUGCCUUUCCACGGCUAAGAAAGGAAUGCCCUGUCUAACACCUCUUGGAUUCAGAGAGUUCUCAGGAAGCAUCAAGACUGGAGAUGAUCUAUGUGAAGUGCUUAGCCGCUUCUUCAGUAACGACCUGAUGUGGUCACUGUUCUGUCUCUCUCCGACACCUCCGAAAACGUUGCCCGAACAUUUCGAUUUUGCUUUAUCUUUGGUGAAUGGUAUUUCUGCCGAAACAAACGCGCACAGCGUUGUACUCCAAACGCUGCAAUAUGCCUUCGAAGAAUCUAUCGGCGAGCAAUCCAUUAUGCUAUACGCUGAAAAAUCUGACUUUGUCUACGCGUUGAAGCAAGCGUAUGGUUCGCCGUAUCCGGAGCAUGGUCAAUGUACCGAUGCCCAUCUCCGCAAUCUAACGGCGUAUGAUAGCUGUAAACAGAAGACUAACCGGGAACUCGAAUGCGCUCCGUACUUGUCCGCGCUAUGUCGGCAGUCGUAUCGUCACCUUCCCAAGAAUCAUUGCAACUUGUAUCUGUCGUGGGCAAUUUACCUGCCAUGGGAUUUCUGGCGGCUACUGCAAAAUCUUUACAAUGACUUCUGCAAUAUAUUAUGUGCGGAUUGGGGAUGCCGGAGCUGUUUGAGAGGAGACAAGUGUAAGCGAGGAAAGCAUGGAGUUAUCGAUAAGGAUACUCCCACCGCUACUUGUCAAUGUACGUCCAUGGUUACCUGUAAAGGUGUAUCACCAACACUCUAUCAGUAUGGAUUCCGCUUUGAAAAUCCGUCGUCAUUAAAUCAUCACACUUAUCCUAACAAGUGUGCCGAUUUCUGCACUCAAUUAAAUAAGUUGCUAAAUUCGAAAUAUUUCACCGACCUAUUCGACACGUGCGACAAAUUCCUCUUCACCAUCCGCGCCCCCUUCAUCUGGCUGAACGUCGCCCUCUGGCUCCUCUCUUUCCUCUACCUCCUCCACAUCAUGGUCAUCCGCCUCGACCUGCUCCACAUCAAAUCGCAUUUGCAUAGUCCGUCAUCACAUCGUAUCGCUGCCCAAUCACUACUUGCUGCUGCACGUGUUAACAAACUGGGGAAAGUGUUUUAUCUGCAACCAUAA